AUCACAUAACCUUCCAUCUCAUCUGCUCUUAGCAUAACCUCUAUUCAAAUACACGUUGGAAAAAUGUUUUUUUAUUUUUUAAAUUACAAAUGCUAUUUUUAGUUAUUAAUAAACAAACUUUACAUUAUUAUGACAUAAAUAUUUCAAACGAAUUUUAAUGUCUUGUCUUAAUUUAUGAAAUGGAUUUAAUUCAUAAGUUGAUUUGUUAGUUAAAACAUAUUAUGGAACUUGGAACUGCUGAGAGAAAUUUAUAUUUAUCCUCUUUUGUUGGAGGUGGUGUAGCAGGAUUUUUUGUUGAUAUGGUCCUAUUUCCUCUUGAUACAUUAAAGACUAGACUACAAGCUGAGCAGGGUUUUAAAAAAGCAGGAGGAUUCAAAGCAAUUUAUAGGGGAGUAGGGCCUCAAGCCAUAGGAGGUGCCCCACAAGCUGCAUUAUUUUUCGUUACUUAUGAGGGUAUUAAAUAUUACGCUGAACCCGCUGUGCCAACGAGUGCCUUACCAGCUGUUUAUAUGUUUGGAGCAUCGAUAGCAGAAGUAAUGGCCUGUUUAGUUAGAGUUCCAAUGGAAGUGGUCAAACAGAGGAGACAAACUCAACUUGGUAACAAAUCUUCAUUACGGAUAGCCUUAUCAGCCUACAAAUAUGAGGGUAUAAGAAAGGGUUUGUACAGAGGGUUUGGUUCAACGAUAACACGCGAAGUUCCAUUUUCAGUAAUACAAUUUCCUAUUUUAGAGUAUUUAAAAAGUAAUUACAGAAAACGGUUUAAGAAUAACAUACCUCUUGAAUCUUGGGAAGUAGCGAUAUGUGGAUCAAUUGCAGGUGGAUUUUCUGCAGCUGUGACAACACCGUUAGAUGUAGCAAAAACUAGAAUAAUGUUAGCAGAUAGAAAACUAGUUAGAUCUGGUGAAAUAACUGUUCGAAACACCCUAAAAAAUAUAUACAGAAAAGAAGGAAUUAAAGGGGUAUUCGCUGGACUUCUGCCCAGAACCCUUUGGAUAACCUUGGGUGGAUAUAUAUUUUUUGGCAGCUACGACUUUUCCAAAAACUUCUUCAACGACUACGUUCUAGAAGCUAAAUAUAUAUAAUUUAUUUGUACACUUUUAGACCAAUUGUAUUAGUUAAAAAAUAAAUACUACCUAUG